ACCCAGUCCCUAUUUCCCCUCAGAAACCAACAGAUGGCGCUAAAGUGACAGACCCAGUUGCCAAGGCGAUAUACCAGAAUAUGCUAGGAACACUCCCCAUGACCAAGAAGAAAGAUAUUCCCUGUGAAGUUUGUAGUAUGAUGUUUGACUCUGAGAUUAAAGCAAGGCAACACUUUGAUGGACAAAAACAUGCGAAGAAAGUUAUGCAGAAAGAGAAGCUACGAUACUUGCCUGGCUACCAGCAAAAUAAAGAUGGGACCACCCCUAGUCCAGUUCUAUCUCAACCAAUAUCUGGUGGUGCUUUGUCCUGCACCUUCUGCAAUGUGCAGCUGAACUCAAUACAACAGCUGGAACAACAUAGACUAGGUAAGACUCACCUGAAGAAGGUUGCAAAUGCAUCAGGUAAAACCGCUCCUAAUUUUGUAUCUGGGGGAGUACAGGAUCCCACCAAAUCACAAAUGGGUAUUAAGCAAGAGCCCCCGCGAUCAACCACACCUAUACCAAAUGAGGAGGUUGACGAUCCAUAGGAAAUGUGACAUCAUUCAAAGAGGGCCAAUAGGAUUAAGGCAAAAUAAUGAUUUGUCGGAGUAAUUGAUCAUUCAAUUUUGAUAAAACGUACAUGAACAUUAAAAAUUGUACAAAUAAAUUAAUGAAGACUGCCUUGCUCUGGCCCUGGAAUAAGCAUACAAGAAACAGAUUUCAGGAUUCUAUUUUAAGAUAUUGACUGUUGAAAACGCACACAACCAUAUAGUUCAUUGGCCUGUUCGCAGGACAUAUAUUAAGUACAUUCACUGCUCUCUGAUCUUUAGAGUGAUGUUUUAGAUUUGACAUUUUUUAGUGUAAUGUUUUAAUUCAGAACUUCGAGGAACAUUGACUACAUUCUAGAAUGUAAAAAUACCACCCCCUGGGAGCAACACUGUGUGUCGUAUUUCUGACUCCCACACAUUUGAUGCAAUGACAUCACUUCCUGUCGGGUAUGUUGAAAUAUGGCAGCACACUCGAAAUGAACAGAAUAUUUUAAAUAAUUGAUCUUUUAAGAAAGCAUCUAGCAAAACAAAACGGGUUUUUAAAGAUUGCCCCUUUUAAGGAUUACCCCUUUUAUUGAUUGCCCAUUUUAAGGCACUGUUGCUGAGAAAAUGUUUUAAAUUUAAUAUAGUACUGCAAUAACAAUCUAGUAUCUAGAAUUUAGUAUGCAUAAUGAACAGAAGAAGUGAGUUGCACACAUAAUUCUUUGGCAUUAUUUGUAAUCAGGAGACUCCCCUUAGCUUUCCCUUCAUGGUCCAUUGGUUCUACAAGCCUUAUAUGGAUCUAUCACAUGACAUUCAAAAUGGUGGACAAGUCAGUUGGAUUCCCAUAUGGUCCUAUAGGGAUCU